AUGGCAGGCAGAUCAAGUGCUCGGGCCUCAGCUAUUAAAGCUCUCCAGAAAGAACUAAAAGAAUUGGUUGAUUCUCCUGUUGAGGGAUUUAAGGUUACUCUGGUUGACGAAUCCAAUCUUUUUGUAUGGGAUGCUGCACUAUUUGGGCCACCACAAACAUUAUACGAAGGAGGGUAUUUUAAGGCCCGCUUGUCUUUCCCCCAUGAUUAUCCCUAUAAUCCACCAACAGUGCGCUUUUUAAGUGAAAUGUUUCAUCCAAAUAUUUUCGAGAACGGAAAUGUCUGCAUAUCUAUUCUUCACUCUCCAGGUGAAGAUAUGUACUCAGAUGAGCAUCCAUCUGAACAAUGGAAUCCAACUCAAAGUGUUAGGACUGUUCUUUUAAGUAUUAUAUCACUUUUAAACGAACCUAAUAUUAAUUCGGCUGCUCAUAUCGAUGCCUCGGUUGCAUAUCGAAAGUGGGUCGAGUCGAAAGGAAAGGAAGAUAUGUAUGCAAAACGCGUUAAGGAGCUUGUUGAACGCACAAAGACUGAGGCGAAGUGGGAUGGAGUUGUUGUUCCCACAACACUUGAAGACUAUUGUUUCGCUUCUCACAACCAAAAAUCUCACGAAGGAAGCAAGCCGGAAGAUUCGCCACUGUUAGACGGUGACGACGAAUAUAAUUUCUCUGGGGAUUACGAUGUGAACUAUGAUGAAAUGGAUGAAAUAUAUGAAGAAGCUAGGGAUAAUGACGAUGAGGGUGUGUCUUGUAAUCAUCUUCCCAACGUCAAAUCACCUCACCUUCAAAAUCCUCUGUAG